CAUGGCAUUUUCCGUCAUUGCGUAAAGUCGCCGAGUGUGCAGCUAUGACGUCUCCAGGCUGUACCGACCCGCAGACACCUGCAAAUGUAAAAGGAUCUAAGAAAAUGUCGUGUCCACUGCACGGAUGUAAGCGUGUUUACACAGAGAUGAACGCUCUGCAGAGCCACAUCAAGGACCAUGAGUUCUCUCCAUGUAAAUGUCUGUCUCCAGGUAAGGUGUUGCUGUGCUCGAUUACUGGCUGCAGCGUUUCCUCCCCCAGCAUGCAGAAACUGAUGGAACACAUGAGGCAGCAUCACAAACCCAACAUUUACUUCCAGUGUGAGAGCUGUCGCACAAAACUGCGCUCUUACCGUGGCCUCCUGGCACACCUACACACAUGCUCCAAAGUGCCACGGAGCAAAUCGAAGGCUGCUGAACCGACACCAUCUCUGCUUAGUGCUGCAGGCAGGCCCAGCACGACCCCCCAAGUUGUGGAUCAGCAGCCCCCAAAGUUGGAAUCCAUGUCUUCACCCGAGUCAGUUCAAGUCACAAACUCAGAUGGAUCCUUCCCUGCUGCCACUCCUCAGCUCGACUCUGCUGAACCCCCUGCGCUUGGUCCCCCCAUGUUGCCUCUCAGAGAGACCCGACUUUCCCAGCUCGAUGAAACUGCCCCCCAUCCCCUACUCAAGAUUGAAGCCCCUAAUCUACCUUCCUGUCUGAACUCUGCUGCUCUGAAAACAAACGUUGACCCUCCUAAUGUUCAGAGUCAGCAGCAUGCACAGAGCAGGUCCAUGGUGGGUGUGCAGACUGGUCCAGGAUCUGCAGUUUUAUCCCCUCCUGGCUCUUCAGCCACAUGGAAGAAGAAUCAAGGUAUGUCCAGCAGCUGCAGAAGACGUGUCCUUUGGGAACACACCAGAGGUCGAUACACCUGCAUACAGUGUGGUCAUAUAACAACCAACCGCAAGACAAUGACUCAACACAUCAACAGUCUGCACAGGGGCACCAAAGCUGCAGCAGAUAGUCCAGCCACAAACACAGAACGGUAGAAACGUGCUGCUUCUGUCAGAGCUGUAGCCACAAGCUGAGCACGGAGUUACAGAGAAACCUGCACGAUAAAAGUUGACCGUUUCUGCAAAUAGGUGAAUAAAAAACAUCAAACAUCUGC